AUGUCGAGGUUUUUAAUUAUAACCAUUUGGCUUAUAGCCAAUUAUCAAUUGUGUACAAUGGCUAAUUUGACGGAUGAAGAGUUUUCAAUUGAUGCAAUAAUAAAAUACGAACGAGAACUUAUUUUGAACAAUACAGCUGACACUAAGAUUGAUAAGCCAGACUUGAGUGGAGACUGGCAAGAUUGGGUUCUUUCGAAUAUUAUUGCUGUCAAUUAUUUGAAUAGUUUGAUGAUAGUUGCUUCAAGACAAGAUUUUGCCUUUUCUAUACCGUCUGGUUAUGCAGUUAGAUAUAUAGAAAAUCCAUCGUCGUUUCAUCGAACCGUCUCUCAAUUAACUACGAAAAUGCGUGGAGCUUUAACCAAUGCUCGUGAAGAUUUAAAUCGUGUGCAUACGGGCAUGGAACGUGUGCCGGAUAAUUUAAAAACAAUGGUUUUAUUGAUGAAACACGCGCCAUUCGAGUUACUUUUAAUAUUAUUUCCUGAUUCAUUUAAUGAUAUAGAGAGACUGGUAAACGACAGUCUAAUCGUACUUAGACGACCGAAAAACGAUUUUGAACAAGUUCUAAAUCUUAUUACGGAAAUCGAUUAUCUAUUAUCUAUUAAAUCGAAUGAUCCAAUGCUUUAUUUACAAGUAUUCGAUCUUAAAACUCAAUGGACCUAUUUAGUUACGCUCACUACUGAAUUAUCACAACGAGCAGAACGAGCACGAGAAGGUUUUUUACUUCAGUUCAAUUGGAUUCUAAAAGAAUUCAUUCGGCCUGAUCUUUCGCUUUCUGAAUCUAAUCGUGAUUUUAUGAUUGUAUUACUCCUACCAAAAAUCAUUGAACUUGAUCAAACAAGCGAUCUUCUCGGUACGAUUACUAAGACUUAUACUGAUAUAUCAUAUCAAUAUACCGAUGAGCAAUUAGGUAGCAACGGACAUUUACUUACUUUACCAAAUGAAGAAGAUCGCAAACGAUAUUUAAAACAAUUUCAAUCCGAAUUAGUAACACAUGUUGUUCCAAGUGCACGACUUGCAUUACAACGACAUACGGAAUUACUCCAACGGGAUAAAACUCGACGAGGGAAUUUUGAGAAAAUUUUAACUGGAACUUUAAAUGCUGAUUUGAUAAGUUCAAUCGGUUGA